AUGAUUACAGAGAAAUUGAACCGUAAAAACGUUUAUCUCUGUGAGAGGCGAUCAUUUGCCCUGCUAAUCGUGCUCGAAGCAUUGUUCAGCAUUGGUUACUCCACUUCUAUAUUCAUAAGCUCACGGGCAGCUUAUUAUGGAACUCCAGAUGGUUUAGGAACUUCCAGCGGCGCUUGUGGAUAUGGUAGCUAUGGGAGAGACGUCAUGGCUGGAAAUGCUGCUGCAGCAAGUCAGUUAUUAUACAGAAAUGGGGCUGGAUGUGGUGCUUGCUAUCAGGUGAGAUGCAAAAAUCAGGCCCUCUGCACAGCCAAUGGAGUAACAGUAGUGGUAACAGAUCAUGGAGAAGGCGAUCGAACUGAUUUCAUUAUGAGUCCUCAUGCUUUCACAACUAUGGCCUGGCCAGGGAAAGAUAAGCAGCUUAAGGCUUUCGGUGUUGUUGACAUUGACUACAAACGAGUACCUUGCAACUAUCCAGGCCAUAACAUCGUGUUCAAGAUUAACCAGAGCAGCAAUUACCCCUAUUAUCUAUCUUUGGUUUUGUUGUACCAAGGAAGCCAAAGAGAUGUAGAGGCUGUUGAAAUCUCACAGGAAAGAACGUCUGAUUGGAAAGCGAUGCGGAGGAGUUAUAGAGGUGUGUGGGACAUAGUAAUGUCACCUCCCUAUACCAAUCUCGCUAUUCGAUUCCAACUGUCAGGGGGAGAAUGGAUUUAUGCUCGGAAUCCUAUACCCUCUCAUUGGAAAGCUGGCGCUCUAUAUGAUGCUGGCGUUCAGCUCAAAUACUGA